AUGGCUGAAUUCACGUUUAGAUGGCCCAGCGGGCCGCACGAGGUCUUUGUUACCGGGGAUUUCGAUAACUGGAGCGGUAGCAUGCCGCUGGUUAAGUCACCUCGCGGUGACUUUGCGCUGACGUUGCCCAUCAAGGAAGGUCGACAUGACAGAUUCGAGUUCAAGUUCAUCGUCGACGGCGAGUGGAAGACUAGUGAGGACUACAAAACGGUCAGUACGAACGGCAACGAGAACAACUACUUGAUCGUGUCGUCGCUUGCUACGCAAGCCACGACUCAUGGGACGUCGCUGGGUAACGGAAAAAUUCCAGAGAUUGGUAUGAAUCUGGUCGCACCAGAGGUUGCCGCGCCGGUACUCGGCACUCAGGCACCCCAGAGAGCACAACCGGCGCCUGGAUCCAAGACCAAGAAGGGCAAGAAGAAGAAGGUGCAGGUCAAGCGCAGAAUCCGCAAGAACAAACACACCGGCGAGAAAACCAUCAUCUCCGAAGAACGCUCCGAAAUCACAUUCCCACCCGAUGCAGACUUCUACGAGACCGAAGAAACGGCGACCACGACCAACACCUCGCGCGAAAACACGCCUGCGUCUCUGGGCGCCGAGGGCGCCGCUCAGGCGGCGGCCGAAAGGCUCGAGAAUGAGAACCAGUUUUCCCAUACCGUGAUGCCUUCGUCCGAAAACCAGCAGCAAACGCUGAGUGAGCCCGGCAUUGCGAUUGUCCCCAACCCUCAAGAGAUCAAAGAGUUUUCGGAAGUCAGAGACGUAAACGCAAAAGAUUUGAACGCGAAACUCAAUGCCGAGAUGAAGGAAAAAGAGGGUGCCGAAGCCCGUGAGAAGGGCCAAGCAGACGCUAAGGCUGCUGCAGAAGCUGCUGUCGCUGCUGCAGUUAGUUCCAAUGCUACCGCUCCACAAUUGCUUGAUGGCCAACAGGACGCUGCAGCCCCUGUCACCAAGGACACUUCUGCUGCUGAAAAAGUGCCAUCUGUGAAGGAUCUGCCCUCUCCUGUGAUCAAACCCGUGCCAUCUGUGGAACGGGCCGAGACACCCGAGGCGCCCGUAAUUUUGAAAGAGCCUUUAGAACCUGUAGCGCCUGUUAAAUUGAAGGAGCCAGAAGAGCCAGCGGUACCAAUUGAACCAACCGCAUCCGAAGAAGUCGAUUCUGCAGCACCAGUGAAGUCGUUGGCGCUCGACGGUACAACCGAACCUGCGGCUUUGCCUCCUGUUGAGGACGGCUCAAAGGCCGAGCUUCUCAGCCCCGAGCAACAAGGACCAGUCCCGGUUGAAGGCGCGGUCGUUUCUUCGCCAACAGACGUUGUCGCACCUAAUGAGUCAGAGGAUGCUUUGAUAUUGAAAAAAGAUGCUGCUCCUGCUGUUACCGUGGGUGAGCAGGCUCCAGAAGUCGAAGAAGUGACUGACGUUGGAGAAACCGAUAAACCCCAAGAGACUGUAGAAGACGCUGUUGCUAAGAGCCAAAAGAAAGCCGUUGCUGAGAAGCCUCUUGUCGUAGAGGAAGUUGGAAUUAUCACAUCGCCCGAACAGGAAGAAGCGCUUAUUCAAAAGACUUUGGACCCAAAAGCGAAGGGCACGGAAGAGUUACUCAUUGUCGAGGGUAACAUUUCUCCAGAACAGCUUGCUGAAAUCCAAGCUGCUAGCGACAAAGCCGCUGACGCUGCUAUGCGCAACCACAUCCCAGAAACGAAGGUCGUUAGCGAUAAGGAGCUUAUCCAAGAGCUGGAAAGGGGAGGUAUUCUUCCUUCGUCCAAAUCUGAGCAGAAACCUGCUCAGAAACCGGAGCAGACGAAACCUGCUUCCACCCCCAUCAAAACCUCUUCUGCCCCAACCAAAGAAAAGGCAGCACAGAACACUACAAAGACCGAGGAAAAGAAGAAGAAGAAGAAGGGACUCUUUUCCAAAAUGAAGAAGCUGUUUUCUUAA